UGCGCAUGCGCAUUCUGGAUAUUUCUUCACGUGGAGCUAUCCUUCAGCGUACCAUAUUCAAGCUCACCAAGGAUUCGGGGUGCAGAUUCACGCCGGCUCUCAGACCUCACACACGUCCAGAAAUGGCUUUCAGAAAAUUCCUUCCUCUGUUUGACCGGGUGCUUGUGGAGCGCUUCACAGCAGAGACGGUAACAAAGGGGGGCAUCAUGCUGCCAGAGAAGUCUCAAGGCAAAGUGCUGCAGGCUACAGUGGUGGCAGUCGGACCUGGCUCUGUCACCCAGAAGGGAGAAAUCCAUCCAGUGAGCGUUAAGGUUGGGGAGAAGGUUCUCCUACCAGAGUACGGUGGGACUAAAGUCAUUUUGGAUGACAAGGACUAUUUCCUGUUCCGUGAUGCAGAUAUCCUCGGUAAAUAUGUUGAAUGAGUCGCCAGUCCUCAUGUAAAGUCCCUGACAUCCCCGGAGAGAAGAAAUUAAGUUCAUUCAUGUCUGUCUUUUUUUUUUUUUUUCUUCUUUUUUGUUCCUGUAAAUAAUUCUAAUCAUGUUUUGUUACAAUAAUAAAAGUGAAGACUCA